AUGGCAUCAACUGAGAAUACAUCAUUGUCCAAAAGUGGCUCUAAACCCACUGACUGCCAACCUUAUGCCAUUAGCGACUACAGUGGCCUUGCCCAACCGCCUCGAGUUCUGAAGCUGUCAUCAAACCCCACUAAAGUCGAAGCCCUCAGCAUCAAGGUUGAAGACACCAUGGAUGGCUUCGUGCCGGGGUUCCUACAUAUGCCACAAGACUUCGUCCCACUUCCACCCCGAGGACAUCACCACACGGCAGCUAUCCUGCUUUCAGGUGCGGGUGGAGGUGUCGCGGGACCCAGCUCUAUAUAUCUUUCACUAGCUGCAAAGCUUGCUGCGCUUGGAACAAGCAUUCCAACUUUGCGACUUGAUUACCGCUACCCUGCACGCACAACGUACUGUGUAGACGAUGUGAAGGCUGCCAUAGGAUACUUACAAGAGACGUACGGCAUACACCGAUUCGUCUUGAUUGGUUGGUCAUUCAGCGGCGCUGCAGUGUUCACUGUUGGUGGAAGCGAUGACCGGAUUAUCGGGUGUGCAACUAUGGCGAGUCAAACUGCGGAGACAGAGCCUAUCCGGAGUCUGGCACCAACUCCAGUAUUACUACUGCACGGAACUGGAGACAGCACAAUAAGUUCAGAUUGUUCACAACGACUCUAUGAAAUGUAUGGAUCAGGAGGGAACAGGCACAUACAUUUCUUUGAAGGAGAUAAUCAUGCUCUAAGCCAUAAUGCCAAGGCAGUAGAAGGCAUGUUGUUAGACUUUAUCAUCGGAUGUGCUGGACUUCGAGUGGAUGACAAAGAAAGGAAGACCAUUCUAAGCCAGACCCUGGUAGAGGACGGAGAAAGAGAGGAGCUGAUGAAGAAAGGAGGCGACUUGCGACCUCCUGAGCGUAUUGAAUAG